GCAGCCCUGGGUGUUGGGCGUGUAGACGGCGAGCCCCGCCGAGCCGCGGUCCAGUCGGAGGUGCUAACUGUGCAUCUUGACAUCUGUCCACAGCCACAGGGUUGGAUUGCUCAGGGGUUGUGCUGAGGCCCAGCAAGGCUAGAGGCUAGUCUUGAAGUCUCCAGGGAUCAGAGCGAUAGCUCAGGCUGAGUCUCAAGGCGGACGGCGACCAGACGGCCAGACUGGAAGGCGACCGGCAGCCUCAGGCAGGGGAGACUGGCCUCUGGGUCAGAGAAUAGACGGCGCUUGGAUGCCGGGAAUUCUCUGUAGCAGGAGACUGCCCUAUCCAGAAGAUGACUCAAGACCGGCCUCUGCUUGCUGUGCAGGAGGCCCUGAAGAAGUGCUUCCCCGUGGUGGAGGAGCAGCAGAGCCUGUGGCAGAGCGCCCUGCUAGACUGCCAGCCCCUCCUGGUCUCCCUCAGCAACCUGGCGGAACAGCUGCAGGCCGCACAGAACCUGAGAUUUGAGGAUGUGCCGGCGCUUCGGGCCUUCCCAGACUUAAAAGAGCGACUGAGGCGUAAGCAGCUGGCGGCUGGUGACAUCGUCCUGGACAAGCUAGGGGAAAGGCUAGCCAUCCUCCUCAAGGUGCGAGACACGGUCAGCAGCCAUGUGGAGCGAGUGUUUCAGAUCUAUGAACAACACGCAGACACAGUUGGCACUGAUGCUGUCCUGCAGUCUUCAGUGGCGAGCCCCUCUGUGGCUGACAUGUUGGAAUGGUUGCAAGAUAUUGAGAGGCAUUAUCGAAAUUCGUACCUGAAGAGAAAGUAUCUUCUUUCUUCUAUCCAGUGGGGAGACUUGGCAAACAUCCAAGCUUUGCCGAAGGCCUGGGACCGAAUUUCAAAAGAUGAACACCAAGAUCUUGUACAGGAUAUCCUAUUGAAUGUGUCCUUCUUCCUGGAAGAGUAAGGAAGCUGUGUUUAUCUGGAGACAACGGGCACCACAGUUGAAGACUGACAUUGCUGCACCCUGCUAUUUCUAAAGAAACGUCAGUAUUUCAAUCUGACAUAUUUGAAAUAUCAAUGAGUUGAACCUGAAGACUGGGUCCUGGGGGGGAUUAGUGCUUAGAUGUCUGAAGGAGCUGCUGCAUGCCAGGCCGUGGCUGAGAGUAUGUGAGCCAUGCGCCUUGCCCUUUUCUGAGGCUCAGGGAAGUGGAUGGAGAUAGAGAGAAAGCAGGAAGAACAUAGUGCCUUGCAUCCAUUGUAGACUUGAAGAGGUAAGGAAGGCUAGGACAGGAGGCAAAGAGCCACACUGCCCUUGGUAUCAUCCACAGCAUCGUCUGGUUGACAGCAGGUCCUGGCUUUGUGUCUUUUGUCAAUACUUGAAUCCUCGACAAAAGGAAAACUGGUUUUGAUGAUUUAAAGAAAUAAGUGUGAUUUUGACGGAAUAUAUUUAAAAAAUUUUGACCAAUUGCAAUAGUUAUCAUCAAGCCAAUUUCCAGCGCCUGCCACCAGGGGGAGGUGGUGCAGCAUGAAUCCUGAAUGCUUUGUCUUUGAAGGGUUCCUCAUUACUGUUACUCUCAGAGGAAGUCAC